AUGAAAGAACUUAAAUGUUAAAAUAUAAAUAAGACAUAUAAAAUCGGUAAUCAACCAAUUUAAUUACAUGUGUAUUAUUAUUAUACUUAUACAUCAUAAUUUUUGAACCAAUUAUAAAUAUGCAGAUAUCCUCAACUUCGUUAUUAACAUUUACAAUCAAUUAAAUUUAAGAAUUAGAAUAUAAAUAUUGGAACUUUCAAAACAAUAGUGGAAAUUACUCAUCACCUUAAAUGCAUAUUUGUCUCAUUAUGGAAUAAUUUUGAAUAAAGAAAACAUUGAUUUUGCUAUUGUAAUAAUUUAGAUUGAUUAGAUAAGAUAGCCAUUUUAACUGUUUAAAACAAGUAUACUAAAAUAUCUCGAAAAUAUAGGUAUUCAAUAUAUAGUGUGAAAAUAUUUUGUCAAUUUUAAUUUUCCUUAACUUUGCACUUUUCAUAACUUCCUGUUUUGUCAUAUACAAGAUUAGAUUAGGAGAAUAUUAAAUUAUCUUUUUCAUUGAUUUAAUUUAAUAUGGUUUUUUCCAAUUAGUGCGAAUCAAAAUUGCAUUUCUCCACUAUAUAAAUUAUUUUAUUUGAUUGA